ACAUCAGGAAGGGGCAUGGCAGACAGUGUGCGUUAUGAGGACACCUGCAACUCCUGACAUGGUGGCUGAGCUGCUCUGAUUAAUCCAGCACUUAAGAAAUAUGUUGAUGGAGCAAUGUCAUAAUGUUGAGAUUUCGCAGAAGAACAUGUAUUACAUUGGGGAUUUUCAUUUUGUUUGUUUGUUUUAUAAUGAUGGGACUGAAAACCUUGAGGCCUGACUCUGCUGCUUUUGGAAGUCCGUUUGGACUUGGACUUUUACCGAAAUUCCAAAGAGAAGCAGAACCAGACACUGAAAGCCGUGUUCAAGCAGGACCUAGUGCUCAAACACAGUCUAUAAUUUUACAAGGAUCUGCAAUUAUGCAGACAGAUACUGUAGACUUACCACCCCCAAAUUAUGACCUCCAUAUAUUUUAUUAUACUUGGUAUGGAAAUCCACAAUUUGAUGGUAAAUAUAUUCACUGGAAUCACAAACUACUGAAACACUGGGAUGCAAAAAUUGCAAAUAAUUUUCCCAAUGGAGAACACAAACCUCCUGAUGAUAUUGGAGCAAAUUUUUACCCUGAGCUGGGACCAUAUAGUUCCAAAGACCCAUCUGUCAUCGAUGCUCACAUGAAACAAAUGCGGUCAGCUUCUAUAGGUGUUGUGUCAUUAUCAUGGUAUCCGCCAGGAAUGAGUGAUGACAAUGGCGAACCAUGGGAUGACCUGGUACCAGUGAUUUUAGACGCAGCACACAAGUAUGAACUAAAGGUUACAUUCCACAUUGAGCCAUACCAAAGUCGAGAUGACCGCAGUUUGCGAAGUAAUGUGGUCUACAUUAUUGAUAAAUAUGGAAGCCACCCAGCAUUUUAUCAUUCUAAAACCAGCACAGGAAGAACAUUACCAAUGUUCUAUAUUUAUGACUCGUAUAUAACUAGCCCUGAUACCUGGGCCAAUCUUUUGACACUGUCCGGGUCCCAGAGUAUUCGAAAUACCCCAUAUGAUGGGAUUUUUAUUGCCUUGCUUGUUGAAGAAAAACAUAAAUAUGAUAUCCACAGAAGUGGUUUUGACGGUCUUUACACUUACUUUGCAACAAAUGGUUUUUCAUUUGGAUCUUCACAUCAUCACUGGUCAAGUUUAAAAACUUUCUGUGACACCAACAACUUAAUAUUUAUUCCAAGUGUUGGACCUGGAUACAUAGAUACUAGCAUUCGUCCAUGGAAUUUUCAGAACACGAGAAAUCGAAUCAAUGGGAAAUACUAUGAAACUGCUCUAAAUGCAGCUUUGAUGGUUCGACCUAGUAUUAUUUCCAUCACUUCCUUUAAUGAAUGGCACGAAGGAACCCAAAUUGAAGCAGCUAUACCGAAAAAGAAUGGUCUUGUUAAAUAUGAGGAUUAUUUGCCAUAUAAGCCAAAUAUGUACCUGCAGCUCACUAGAAAAUGGUCUGAAAAAUUUGUGAAGGAAAAAGAACAAUGGCUUGUCUAAUACAGGCUAUAUAUAUAUAUAUAAUACAAGCAACCAAUCUUUUGUGUGUUAAAACAUAAUUCUUAAAGAUGAGACAAUCUUCAGUAAUUGUGAUUCAAAGAGAUCAUAUUAGCCACCCCAGGCCUGAACAUGAAAUUUUCACAUUUCCAGAUGUAUGUAGACGGAUGCUAAAAGAAAACAUAGAUUCCAAAAAUAUGAAUACUAGUGUGAAUUUACCCUGUCCUAUAAAAGAAAAAAGACACUUAUUUUUCAAUCAAUCUUUUCAAUUCAUAUUCUUCAGUCAGACAAAUCGGACUCUACCAGCCACCAAUAAAGAAACAGGAUGGAUGUGACCAAUACUUUUUGGGAGCCGAUAACAUUAUUUAAUAUGUUUAAGACAUACAGUGCUAGAAACUGUAGCAAGAGCUCUUAGUUAAUGCAAUCAGCAUUGAAAUUCAAUUUUCUGAAAUUCAUAGAAUGUUAGAGAUAAGAGAAUGGCAGGGCAUGAAUGGAAGAUCUAGAAACCUUAACACACAUUGUUUUGAAUGGGGUAACAAUAACCACGAUCAAUCGAAUGGAGCUCAGUCCAAUCCACUGAAGAAAUGCUGUCUGUUCCUAAAAUGUAAACCUACUAGUUAUGGGCUGACCCAUUCAUUUUUUUUUUUUUUUUUUAAAUAUAUGAAGCAGCGUUUUGUUUUUAAAUAUCCCAAAAAAUAAAAACCCUAAAACCACAUUCCUACACUUGCUGAAAAUCCACAUGCUAAACCACAUCUUAAGUGAGCUAUACCAAACCAUUUUGCUAUGAUCCUAUGUAUGAUGGUAUUUUUGAAGGAAAAAAGAAAACUCUAUAGAUCCCACCUUAUGGGAUGUGGAUGCCUGGAGUGCUACUUUAUCUCAAAGUUGUCCACUUAACUGC